CCCAAACCAAGGCCACGCUCGACGAGCUGCUUUGUCUCCGCCGCCGCCGACGACGAGCACCACACCCGCAGCCGCAGAUCUGAGAGAGCGAGCGAUCGAGCGAGAGAGAGAGAGUGAGAGUGAGAUCGGCGAAGAUGGCAGGGAGGCUGACCGCGAUGGGGUCCCGCGUCCUGGGCGGCCACGGCGCGGCCGCGCGCGCCGCCGCCUCCGCGCUCCGCAACCGCGCCGGCAUGGGCCUCCCCGCCGGCAGGCACAUCGUCCCCAACAAGCCCCUGCCGGAGAACGACGAGCUGGUGUGGGACAACGGCACGCCCUUCCCGGAGCCCUGCAUCGACCGCCUCGCCCCUCACAUUGGCAAGUAUGAGGCCCUGGCGUGGCUAUGCGGAGGGCUGAGCUUCUUUGCAGUUCUUGGCUUGGCUGCCGUUGUGAAUGACAAGGCUUCCAAGAUUCCAUAUACUCCAAAAGUCUACCCGUUCGACAAUUUGAGAGUGGAACUUGGUGAUAGAUCAUAGAAGACUAGCUUCUCCUCUUCAAGUGUUGCAAGGAACUGAACUUGUGUGCCUCCUUUCGGCGGAAAAAGCAGGGAAAUCUUGCUGCUUAUGAUCGGUUAUGUUGUUGUUUUUCAUGUUAUGUAAACAAUGAUCAUGUAAUGUGCUGAAACGAGACGAGUGAUCUCAGUUUGCGCAGAUAUCAUGCAACGAUCCAUGUAAUAAACAAAUAUUGGUUAUCUUGUUGAUUUCAGAUCUAUUUGCUA